AUGUCGACAAACGACGUCGCCGCCGUGGCACCCGCCGCCCUCGCCCUCCACCGCAUCCGAUACCUCGACUGGUCCCCCUCGACCAUCACCUCGCUCGCCGUCUCGCCCGUAUACCGUGCCGCGUCCGCAUCCAGCAGCGCCAGCUCCUCCAGGGGCAUCCUCGCAAUCGGCAGGCAGAAUGGUGACAUCGAGCUCUGCGUCUGGCUCGAGAACCGCGCAGCCCACAAGGCCGAGGUGCUCCACAGGUCCUUUCACACCUACGCAAAGGGUUGGAUCGUGCACACGCUCCUCCCCGGUCAGCUCAACUCCAAGAUCGAACAGCUCGCAUUCGCAAACCCUCCCGUGGAAGGCGACAACGGCGUACACAAGCUGCGCCUCUUCUCCAUCUCGGGCGGCGCCAUCGUCACCGAGCACUUCCUCCCCGCCGACAUCGCCAUCUUGGGCGCAAAGUCCAACAACGGCUCCCGAUCCAACACCUCCUCUGGCAACCUCGGAGGCCUAUCCACCCUCUUCCCCGGACGAGCUGACAAGUCGAGCGCGGAUCAGCACGUUCCCGGAGCCAUUCGCACCGUCCCCUCGCUCGGAGGCGCCGUGUGGAGCAUGGCCGUGAGCCCCACGGGCAGGUACCUCGCCAUCGGCUGCGAAGACGGCCACGCCCGCAUCAUCGACCUGGUCGACAACAAGUUUGAGCACCUCGCCAGCUCCUCGAACCGCGGCGCAGACGUCAGCGCCCGCCUCGGCAAGGCCCAGGGACGGAUCAUCAGCCUGGCCUGGGGCCCACCGAAGCGGGCGAGUCGUGCCGCCACCACCGCAAAUGGAGGUAGCGCGCAGUCCAAGCAGCAGAAGGAGGGCGACAGCUCCGAUUCCGAUUCCGACUCUGACUCGAGCGACAGCGACAGCGACGAUGACGACGACGACGACGCAGCCGAGAGCGGCUGGAAAGAGACGUUCCUCGUCGGAGGCCUAGGCAACUCUUCGGCUGCCGUGUGGGACGUUGCAAGCGGCCGCAUCGCCUCCAAGCUGACGGUGCAGAAAGCUCGUAGCGAGGCCACCAUCGUCUGGUGCGUGGCGACGCUGCCGGACGGCACCAUCGUCACUGGAGACUCGACUGGCCGAGUCACGCUCUUCGACGCAAAGACGCGCGUCCCCAUCCCCGGCGCCACCUUCCGCAGCCACACGAGCGGCGCCGACGUCCUCUCGCUCUGCGUCGGCCCGGACGGCAAGAGCCUCUACAGCGCGGGCGUCGACCAAAAGGUGGCCGAGUACGCCCUUGUGGCCUCGGCCUCGUCGAAGCGGGGCCGCUGGGUCCAGAUCGCCGCGCGGAGGCUGCACGCCCACGACAUUCGCUCGCUCGCCAUCGACCCGCCCUACGACCCCAUGCUCUCGGUCGAUGCGCUCGCGCAGGGAGUGGGCACCGCCGUCGGCAAGCUGCCGAUCUUGCUCAGCGGCGGUGUCGACUUCAACCUGAUCCUGACGCCCGCCUCGCCCCCGUCCGGUCUCACCAUGGCCCUCGCUGCUGGCGCUGCGGCCGGUCUGCCCAACAGCAAUAAGCGCAAGAAGAACCCGCUGAUGUCGGCGGCCGAGCAGGAGCAGGCGCUCAUCAACCCUAUUUCGUCCAACGCGGUCACCACAUUUGCCGACUCGACGCAGAGGAGGAUCCCCUUCGUGCCCAGCACCGCGCGCAGCGGCUCUGUCGGUGGCGGGUCCGUGGCCACCGUGUGCCGCGGCAAGGGCUGGAUCGUGCUGCGGAGGGAGCACAGCAUCGGCAUCUGGGACCUCGGCAUCAAGGACGAGAACCACGGCGGCCUCAACGAGCUGGGCGAGGAGGCGUCGGCUGUUCCGCCUCAGUGGACCAAGCUGCUCGAGAUGGAGCUCAAGGUUAACUCGAACCUCUGCAGCGUCGCCGUCAGCCCCAACGGCAAGUUCCUCGCUGCCUCGGACAUGUACGAGACGAAACUGUUCGCGCUGCGCGAACGGAUCAGCCAACAGCACCAGACGGACCUCGAGCCGCGCAAGGUCAAGAGCUUUGCGAGCGUCUUUGGUCACGACGACGAUGUCGCGCCGGGCGCGAGCGCGCUCAGUUUCUCGCCCGACUCGUCGCGGCUGGUGCUCGCUUCGUGGUCGGGCAGCUACGUCCACGUUGUCGAGCUGCCCUCGGCCGAGGCCGGCGCUUCAGCGGGCACCUGUCGCCUCCUCCGCAGCUUUGGUCAGCACCGGCAGAGGCCUGGGUCGGCCUCGGUUGGAGAUGUGGGGGCAUCUUCGAACAACCCGCAGGGCAGGCAGCUCGCGGGACGCAACGGAGUCGCGGCGUCCAAGCAAAACGGAAGCAACGGACAGGGGCACGGCAACGGCAGCGGCAGCGGCAGCGGCGACGACGCCGGUCACCCUGCCCGCGCGGACGACGAGACCGGCCGCAGGAACAGCGCUAGGGGCGGCCAGAGCGACCGCGUCGAGCGCAGCACCUCGUCGCUGAUCCACCACGUCCAGAUUUCCUCGGACGGAGCCUGGCUGUCGACGAUUUCGUCCGACCUGCAGCACCACGUCUUCUCGCUCGACUCGUUGACCUUUGAGCGGACGCUGCCGUCGCCGCACGCGCUGCCUUCGGGCUCGAGCUUCCACCCCUCGACCCACGCGGCGCGCUCGAGCAUGUUGACGCUCGUCUUUUCGGACAACAAGAUCGAGUUCUGGGACGUCGAGAGCGGCAAGGAGCUGAGCAGCAUCGCGCACCUCGACACUGCGUCCAGCGGCGACGGCAGCUUGGGCGGCAGCAGCGGCGAGAAGCGAAAGGCCGGCGGUGGCGCCCUGGCCAAGCGGGCAGGGCAGGGCCCGCGCGCCGAGUGGGAGGCGCAGAUGGCCAACCUCAAGCUCCGCGUGCAGGAGAGGCUGAUGAGCAUCCGCGAGUCGGCCAUUGGGGCAGUGUGGGUGGGCAAGCCCGAUGACGGUGGCAUCAAGGAGACGCUCGUCGUCUGGGGACCCACCUGGAUCUGCACGGCGCGCCAUGAUGCGCAGAGCACCACGUCCCCGGCUGCGCCUGCGGCUGCCUCCAAUGGCGGGUCAGCUUCGGUGUCGCGGCCAGCAGCCGCUCAAGACGGCGAUGGCGACGUCGAGAUGGCCGACCUGCCUGGCUCUACCAGCGGUGCCGUCUCGGGAACCGGUCCCGCGGCUGCUACCGCUGCUGCUGGAGUGCCCGGUGCUGGCCCAGGUCGAGGAGGCGGGUGGCACAUCAAGCACACGCACAAGUACCAGCCGCUGCUUCUGGUCGAUUCGAUCGCUACGGGACGAGGCCAGGUCAAGAAGGACGAUCUGGUGGUCGUCGAGAGGCCCUUCUACGAGCUGGCCAGGAACCUGCCGCCCGCUUUCCACCGUGGAGCCAGAUACGGCGCCUAG